GACGAAGUGCUGAUAGAGAUAUUCUGCCACGCCGACUGUAAGACCUUGUUGAGGUGCCAGUUGGUAUGCAAACACUGGAAGAUGCUAAUGAACCAAGUGUAGCACAAGAAGACCGAAUGAACGCUGGGCAACCGGUCCACGCUUCGUGCAUGCGAGAUAGUAUACGGUCCAGGGCAUCUUAUCGACGGCCCUGGACAGUAUACUAUCUCGCAUGCGCGAAGAAGCCCUACGAGAGGAACCUGAUGAAGAAUCAUUCCGGCGCGGAGUAUUCGGAUCACUGGGAUAUAAUUUGGGAGAGCGGCUAUGGUCGGAUGGUCGAGGAACCACCUGCCGGCAUGCCGGAACUGCCGCAAACUAAACCGCUGUUCAAAGACAGACGGAUCUGUUUCACAACGUCUUAUUUUUAUUGCACCAAAGUACAAGGUAUAAUUCUGACGAACGAGGGAAUUCAUUCAUAUAUUCUGGACACUUUAUCAACCACCUAUAGAGGUAUUGCCAAGUUUUAUGUGAUGGAAAUUAUAUAUAGGAAUUAUAUAUAA